AUGGCGGGGGCGUGGACGGACAGUCCGGUCACUGUCUGUCUCGAUCGGGUCGGUGGGGCCUACGUCGCUGGGGAGACUGUCACUGGCUGUGUGGUGGUGAACUACACAACCGCCUCCGCCUUCGUCAGUAUUGAGUUGAGCGUUUUGGGAUCAUUGGUCCUUCAACACCCAAACACUGAUGACGCCGCGCGUUUCGCCGCACUCGGUGACGUGGAGCCGGUGGGACUGAUGAACCUGCGCAUUCCGCUCCACAGUCGCGGCGCGCUGCUCCCGGCUGGGCGAAUUGAGUUUCCAUUCACGUUUGAGAUUCACACGUCAACGCCGGGUGUGUCGCUCAUCGAGACAUACAGCGGCGUCUACAUCUCUUGCAGCUACACCAUCACAGUGACGGCGAGUGGAAUCGUAGGGAAAGUGACAAGUGAACCGCUCUCCUUUCCGGUGUCCGUGCCCGGGCAGGGCCAGCCGCCUCCCCACGCGCUGAAGGAUGACACUGGCGUACAGUUUGAGUUGAAUGAGGACAGUAUGGAGGUGCUGCAUGCCAGUGGCCGCGCACUUCCCAGUUUCCUGCUCGAAGGCUCCCUGGAGCGGUACUAUAAUGAUAUCGAUAUUCCCCUCUCUGGAUGGAUUGUGGUGCGACGGUGCAGCGCAAAGAUUGUUUCUAUCGAACUGCAGCUGCUGCGGGUAGAGCAGGCGGCGGUGCCGGGCGCCAGCGCACGUGGAGCGACGGAGGUGCAGAGCAUUCAAGUCGCAGACGGGGAUGUGCUGCGCAACCUCGAGAUUCCCAUUUACAUGUUUUUUCCGCGAUGGUACACAUGCCCUUCCAUCAAGACAGCUAACAUGCGUGUCGCGUUCGAUGUGAAUGUUAUACUCCUGCUGGAAGGGAAUCGGCAGCUCAGUAAAGUCGUGCCGAUACAUCUAUACCGUGCUAGUUUGCUGUCGUGA